AUGGCGGCCUUCCUAGCAAAGAGGGAGUGGAGAAAGAUGUGGAAUAAUCUCUCUGAAGCCUCAGACCCAAUGAAGCAGGAUACGCGAUACUUUAUGGAGAAUUUUGAAGCUAGGAAGAAACAAACCCCGGCGAGCGACGUCCAAAAUAAUCUGAAGCAAGAGAUUUUACAACUUGAGAGAAGAUUACAAGACCAAUCUGAGGUGAGAUGCGGAUUAGAAAGAGCACUUGGGUACAAACCUUCAUCUUUUGUCGAUUCAAACGACAUCGUGCUGCCUGAGCCAGCAACUAAACUGAUAAAAGAAAUUGCAGUGUUGGAGUUGGAAGUUGCGUAUUUGGAGCAACACCUUCUAUCUCUGUAUAGAAAAGCAUUUCAUCAACAAUUAUCUUCUGUGUCCCCAUCUGCCAAGGACGAAAGAUGGAAACUCUCUCUAAGGACUCCAAGUUCAUUUCUUGAAGUUUCCAAGCCUUGCAAUUUUCCAAAUGCAGGAAGUUCUGCCGUAAGAUAUAAUGCUCAGGAGCUUGAGGCUCCAGCAGGAGAUCAGUAUAAUGGAAAUGGAUCAAAAGAAAAGCUAUUUGAUUCCAGCAUUUAUCGUUGCCAUUCCUCAUUAUCCCACAGUUCUGCCUUCACAGCAAGAACAUCUCCUGCAGAAUCAUUAGCUAAAGCCGUAUAUGCCUGUCAUUCUCGACAAUUGUCCAUGAUGGAGUAUCCUGAAACAGCUUCAUCAAGCAUGAUCAGUCUGGCAGAACACGUUGGCACUCGCAUGUUUGACCAUUUUCCAGAUACCCCUAAUAGGAUUUCGGAGAAUAUGGUGAAAUGCAUAGCAGCAAUAUAUUGCAAGCUCGCAGAGCCACCUAUGGCAUAUCAUGGCAUAUCAUCGCCAAGUUCAUCUUUUUCAUCGAUGAGUGGAUUUUCUGUGGGAGGACAAGGUAACAUAUGGAGUCCAGGGUUCAGGAAUAAUUCCUUCUUCGAUGUAGGCCUAGACAAUCCUUUCCCAGUGGAAAGAAGUUGUCACCACGCUGGGCCCUACAGCUCCAUGUUCGAAGUCUCAUGGAUUUACAGAGACAGUCUACAAUUGGGUGAUACAGAGAAUUUGCUCCAGAGUUUCAGGUCUCUCACUUGUCGUUUGGAAGAAGUAGAUCCCGGGAAGCUGAAUCACGAGGAGAAGCUGGCCUUUUGGAUCAACGUACACAAUGCUUUGGUGAUGGAUGCAUAUUUGGCUCAUGGGAUUCCACAAAACAACGUGAAAAGAGUCCUCCUUCUUAUGAAGGCUUCAUAUAACGUGGGUGGACGCCCAGUUAGUGCUGAUACCAUACAAAAUACCAUCCUGGGAUGUCGUACGUCUCGACCCGGGCAAUGGGUUCGGUUGUUGUUAUCUCCAUGGACGAAGUUGAGGAGUGGAGAUAGACGAGAAGCAUAUGCAAUAGAGCGUGCAGAGCCUCUUUUACACUUCGCACUCUCCUCAGGAAACCAUUCUGACCCAGCUGUAAGAGUAUACACAGCAAAGAGAGUGAUGGAGGAGCUGCAAGUGGCAAAAGAAGAGUACAUUGGAGCUACGUUAGGGAUACGAAAGGAUGAGAAGAUAAUGUUACCAAAGCUGGUGGAGGCAUACGCAAAGGACUCGGGGCUCAGCCGUAUGGGUGUGAUGGAGAUGCUUCAACAACAAUUCAAUAAAUGUCACACUCCAAAAUCAUCACCAAACGCCAUCCACUGGAUUCCCAUAACUUCUCUUUCCGAUAUCUCAUCUCUAACCACCUCCUCUUCCUCACCUGACCAUUCCUUCAUUUAUCUUCUUAUUCCAUUACCCUGUAUAUGUUUUCCUGCGCUGGAUGCCAAUUAUUACUUGUACUGUGCUGCGUUUUUAAUCAGCGUAACAAACAUGUAA